AAUGUUCACCUUUAGUUUCAUUUCUUUCUCCAAAGUUUCCCCAGCAGAUGGAACUGUUUUGCAUUUUGGCCAAGUCAUUGAUGGACGUAUUGAAUGUGUAAAAGGGCAGGAUUAUGAAAUAAAUGAAUUUCUUGGUCCAUUUAAUAUAAAUAAAAUAAAAGAGAAUAAUUCCCUAUAUCAAUUAAUUAUUUAUUUGGCCCCCGGUGAUUAUCACGCUUUUCAUUCCCCAACAAAAUGGAAAAUUUUUGAAAAAACUCAUUUUCCCGGUUUUUACCAAUCUGUUAGGCCAACAAAUUUAUUAAAAAAUCCAAAAUUAUUUUGUCAAAAUGAAAGGAUUGUUUUGACUGGAAAAUGGAAAUUUGGGUAUUUUUCGAUGACUCCUGUAGCGGCAAUGUUUGUUGGGAAUAUUGUUAUUUUUGAUGAACAAGAAAAGAAUAGAAAAUUAAAAGAAAAUACAAAAUUUGCAAUAAAAGGAUUGUCUGUAAAUCCUGGAGAAAAGAUCGGAGAAUUUAGAAUGGGGUCAGCAAUUGUUUUGAUUUUUGAAGCCCCAAAAAAUAUUAAUUUUUGUAUAGAAGCUGGACAAAAACUUAAAUAUGGACAAAAAUUGUUAAUUUAA